AUGCCACCUUGUCCAAAUGUUAUUAGUUUACCACCUUACCUUCUUGAGAAAGCAUUUUCCUAUUUAACGUAUGAAGAAGUAUCAAAACUUCGAGAGACCUGCAAAUAUUUUGAUGUCGUCUGUCGUGGCGUUCUUAACAAAGGGUUUCGGGCUAUCGAACGCAAAGUUGUUUGCUUUCAUUCAAAGCUCCGGUCAUUACUCCCUAGACGUGAAUCUGAGCGUCGAACUCAUCCUCUCAAUAGACACUGCGAAGCGCUUUCAGCUGUGGAGACGCGCUUAUCUCUUCUGAAAAUGAGUAUCAUGCGAUAUGCAGAUAAAAACCGGUGUUGUUUUUUUCCUGGGAAGGUACUUGAUGAAAUAGAGAGCGUUUGCCGGUUCAUACGAUCAAAUCAAGGUGUCUCCAUACGACCUUAUGAUAUUUUGCAUGAACUUCGGGAUAUUUCAUCAAUGGCAAUGGAGCAUUUUGAGGAAAAGAUCCUCCCAUCAUUACACAUAAAGUCAGAUUGUGGUAGUUCGUGGCCGCCAUCCGGACCUUCGGGGUCUUCGAUUGGUCAGACGUAUGGCCCUAUACCUCUUGAUGAGCUCCGUGCAGUUUCAGCCUUCAAGAGGCACCAAUUAAACCAGCUGGCUCAAAAAUCAUGUGAGUCGUCAAACUCGGUGAAUGCUUGUCAUCGAAAACUGCACACUACUUCUGAAGAUUUACACGUUAAUCGAAAGUUGUCAUCUGAUAUGAAGUAUUUAAAGCAACGUCAAGCUUUGAGUAUGAGUCGGAUUUGUAAACUGAGUAGUAUGGUGUGUCAUUUGCUUUGUAAACAACGGGAAUUGAAUGAACAGAAUAAACGACUAACUUCAUUGGUAAACACCCAAAAUCAUAGGAUUCAGCAUUUAGAAUCAGCAUGUGGUGUCAAUAGUUUAGAGGGAUUAGAAUCAAUAUCAUCACCUUCAACACCAGUUGUUUGUGUUUCAUCUUUGUCAAACCAGUCUUUCACCAUAAGUACCGAACAUAACACUGCGAAAUCUGUUGGCAAAAGAAAUCGAUCUAAUGGUGAUGGUGUUCUUUGUUGUGAGGAUGAACUUAACUGUUGCUUACCGUCAAAAAUUCUCUGUUCACCAGAUAUUCAGUACGAUUCACUUUAA